GUUUGGCGGUGCGGAGGCUGCAGCGGCUGCGGCGGCGGCUCCUCCCGGGACGCCCCGUCCCCGAGGGACGCCCGUCCCGCUUCUCGGCCUGAAAUUCCUCUUGCUAGUCUUCCAUUCUGUUAAAUGCUUCGCAAACCAGAGCAAAGGAAGAGACAUGAAGAGUUGAAUUUCACUGCCUUGUUUGGAACUGGGUGGAAAUCCUGGAGAUGGAUCUCUUAGGAGUCUGUCUUCCAAUUGGGUUAGAUGCACAGGUUGGGGGUUGGCUCUCUACUUGUGAGCCAACAAGCAGAAUGUGGAAUUGAAGCUGUGGACUUAUACACGUGUGAACUUUGUCUCUCUCUGGCCCAGCACCUGAGGACUUUCUGCAAAGCCUUCACCUUCACCACAGGAGCAAUGGAUCGCCCCAGCUACCUGGAAGAGGACUAUUCUAGCCUGGAUGGGCUGGACGAUGACGUGUUUCACUCUGAUGACUUUGGACUUGCAGGUCAGCCUGGUGAGAUGACUGCAACUGGCUUUUUCACACAGAACCAGUCCUACAGCUGCCUUCUGGGGAGGUUUCAACUAUUCCCCCUCACACACUGCUGUGGUCCCGGUAUCAGGCAUCCUGAGCAGCAGGACAAGGCAACUCAAACACUCAGCCCAUCCUCUUCCAGUCAGGAUGUUAUGUUGCCUUGUGGAGUCACUGAAGAGCCACGGAGACUCUUCUAUGGGAGUGCUGGUUACCGUUUACAUGUCCCUCCAGCUGGCUUUGUGUUGGAUCCGCACCUCCAGGAGGAAGCUCGGGAAGGUCAGCGGGAAGCACGUGCUGAGGUGCAGAUUGCACGGAAGUUGCAGUGCAUCGCCGACCAGUUCCACCGGCUCCACAUACAGAGGCAUCAGCAGAACAGAAAUCAAGUGUGGUGGCAGCUUUUUCUCUUCCUACACAACUUGGCCUUAAACACGGAGGUGAACAGGAACCACACUGGGCAGAGGUGAGCUUCGCCCGCCUGUUUCAGGCCACAUCCAGUCUGCAGGGAGCACUGAACAAACACUGGUUCGGGGGCGAGACAUUGCACACCGCCGGCCGGAUGUGAGGACUCUGACUUUCUGAUCCUCGUCUUCAAGUUUGGGUGUUUUUACGGACUCUUCUUUGCUGCUGCCUGCCUCGCGAGGCGGGGAGCUCUUGUCCAACACUGUUGAAGGAAAGCCAGAAUGUGGGUGUGUUUGGUAAAGCUUGCUGCUGGCUCCCCGCACCGGUGACCUCUGUGCAAGGGAGGCAGGUAUUAGACUGACGGCUUCCUCUGCCCUGGGUAGUAGUGGAUGGUAGAGUGCAGGAGUGUCAUUUUGGCUGCUAGUUAAAAGUGAUGCCUGGAAUUGAUGAUUAAACAUACUUGGGGUAUCUUUUAGAGCAGAGAUGCUCAAUUCCUCCACAUUGUUAGCAACAAAAAGCAUUCAAGUAUCUUGGUUCCAUGAAGUUACUUGUUUUAUUCACUGGUUACUGUUCAUUUCAUUGCACCCUAUGUGAGAGAAAACCACAAAGAAAUCUGACCUCUUCAGCCAUUCCAUUGGGCACCACUUGCAGCUCUCUCACAAGAAGUUGUUCUUUGUCAUUGCCAUCAAUUAAAAAAAAAAGAAAUCAGUAGAAGGGUCUGAAAAAGAAACCUCCUUGGGGGUGCUGGUGGCUAUUAGCUUCUGCCACUGGCUGCCUUCAGUUCAGUGUUCUCAGUGCCCAUGAGCCAGCAGGAAGUCAAAAUUCAUGGAAUAUGGCACAAGUGUCAUCCUUCUACAAUGCUAAUGUAUAUGUUUUUAGUAGUUUUAUGAUGGAUGUUUAUUUUAUUUUGGUUUUCUCUUCUCUUACUACAUAAUGUGGUUGGUCAAGAAGGCUUAGAUCCCAGGCAUCCGAUAAUUUUGCUUCAGGAUUUGACAGGGAAAUUAAUUAGCAUCUAGUCUGAUAUGUACACUGUACAAGCAGUCUGUCCAUUACUCUAGCAUGUAGUGUUUGGAGGCUGCUGUAAGCAUAUACUGACUAGCAGCAGUAAUGUUAUUUCAAGGGAGAUCUUCUAUCAGUUUGUAUGCACUCAGAAGUUUGUCCAUAUGGCUGACACUAUUGGACCAGCACAGGGAAACUGCCCUACCAAAAGGAAGCAGCCUUAAAUAUUGAUGGCUGCUUCUCUGUAGCCUUAAAUAUACUUAGUUCACAGACCCAGUGACAGCUAGGGUAAAACAUGAACAGAGAAGCAAUACAGACCUUAUUAUUUUUUCUGAAAAUUUCCAUAUUGCCACUGCACCUUGUUGUAGGUCCCAAAUGAUAAAACCAGCUUGAGGAAGAGCUGUCCAGAGAAUUGCUCUUCAGUUGUGUUAGAAAUGUCCAGCUGCAGGUGUUGAGAAAUUCUUCUGCUCUUGAUCCACUCUGAAAAAUAUUCAUUACUGUAUGGAAGAGUCGUUUACUUGCACAUAUGCUUUCCUUCUCCACCCCUCUUUGCAUAUUUGUCUCUAAUUCCUGCUUUCUCUGGUAUUUGUGUAAUCUCAUCAUUGCACUGUAGUGUCUGGUAACAGUUUGCUGAACAGAGUCACAUUUGGACCUUCUUGCUUUCUCUCAGCCCCAUUCUCUUUUUCAUCCAGCCUCUACUGUGGCAAAAUGUACUUUAGCUCCCUGGAAGAGGUUCCCAAGCCUUUUUCACCCUCAUAUAUUCACAGUCACUCUCUUUAAACAUAAGGAGAGAGUUUAUGUGAGAAAAGCUUUUUUUUUUCUCUCCUUUUGUUUUAUUUUUCUAGCUAGAGCUAGAGUAAUAUGUUUGUCCAUGAUGUUAAUAAUU